CGAGUGACUUUCCCAGCCCGGCACGGAGCAUCGGGCGCAUUUCUCCUCGGAGGGGCGGCUUAAGCGCGAUGCCCAGGUGGCUCUCCGGUGCCGGAUCGCGGCAUCUGAUGCCUCCCGCUCGCCUCCUUCGUGCCGUCGCCUUCUUGCUCUUGGUGCAGGGCCCCGGGGCGCACGGCCUCGGCCUCUACUCGCCCGAUGACCCGCUGGUGGAACUGGACACCGAUACGCUGGAACGCCGCAUCUUCAACUCCAGUGGCGUGUGGGUGGUCGAGUUUUACGCCUCCUGGUGCGGCCACUGCAAAGCUUUCGCCCCGCUUUGGAAAGGCUUGGCCAACGACCUGAAGGACUGGAGACCUGCUGUGAUGCUGGGAGCUAUAGAUUGUGCUGAUUUUUCCAAUAAGAACAUCUGUUAUAAGUUUGGAAUAAAGAGCUACCCUACUGUGAAGUUUUUCAAGGUGUCCUCCCAAAAACCUGAGGAUGGCGUACAAUUCAACAAGUAUGAAAAAACCAUUGAGUCUCUAAGAGGGACCAUAAUCACUUUAAUGGAGAUACAUGGAGAUACAUGGCCUUCUGCCAGCCCACCUUUGCGCCCAACAAGUGUGACAGAACUUCGUGAUUUCUUUCUGGUAAACAACGUGACUUAUUUGGCCUUGAUAUUUGAGAAGGACGACUCCUUUCUGAGCAGAGAGGUAGCACUGGAUAUGUCUCAAUUUGAGAAUAUUGCAGUAAGGCGAGUCCUGCAGAGCAAUGAAGAGCUAGUGAAGCAGUUCAACAUCACUACAUUUCCAUCGGGCCUCCUUGUGACCAAUAAUGGUUCUUGCAGAAGCAUCCCUGGGCUGGAGGACUGGAGAUCCCAGUAUACUAAUUUCCUGCGGAACUUACCUGGGGUCUUUAGACGAGAUGUUUUCAUACCAACGGUGUCCCCCACUGCACAGUCAACAACUGCUUUUACAAUUUGGAAGGUGGCAGACAAGAGAAAGAUAUACAUGGCUGAUAUAGAAUCUGCAGUGCUUUACAGUUUAAGGAUAGAGGCUGCAGUAUUCCCCAGCCUUGAGGGAGAGCGACUCUCUGCUUUGAAGGACUUUGUGUCUGUUUUGGUCCAGCAUUUUGCUGGGCGGUUGGUAGUCAAGAAUUUCCUUUACAACCUGGAUUUAUGGCUGAGACCAAAGACAAUUGUUUUGCAGAGUGAAUGGGAGGAAGCUCUAAAGAAUAAAAAGGAGUUUCCAAAUGCCACAUUACCUGAGAGACCUCACUGGGUGGGAUGUCAAGGAAGCAAGCCUCACUUCCGGGGUUUUCCAUGUGGACUCUGGACUCUCUUCCAUCACCUGACUGUUCAAGCAUCAUGUCAAAAAGAGUCUGCUUCCUCAGGUAUACCUGAAGUUCUUCCUACAAUGAGAGGAUACAUCCGCAAUUUCUUUGGCUGCAGGAUGUGUGCAGAGCAUUUUGAAGGAAUGGCAGCUGAAUCUAUGCAUGAGGUGAAGAACAGGGAUGAGGCUGUGCUGUGGCUUUGGUCAAGGCAUAACAGGGUCAAUGCUCGCUUGGCAGGUACAGCAACUGGUGAUCCCAUGUUUCCCAAGAUCCAGUGGCCUCCCAAAAGCCUCUGUUCUUCAUGCCAUUACACCCCAACUGACAGUUCUUUGCAGGAUGGGAACAAGUUUAUGUGGGAUGAGAAUCGAGUCUUGAUGUUUCUCAAAUGGCAUUUUUCUGAAAAAAAUAUUUACAUGGAUUCUCCCCUGGAGCAUCAAACAAGAAGUGGUCGAAAUGUUGCUCAGCAAAAUUAUGAAGCUGAGUGGAAGCUGGAAGAGGGAGGAAGAAGAGAAGAGAAUGACCAGGGUAAUCAAAAGGAGCCAGAUGAAGACAAGAAGACAGAGCAGCUAGAGACUGGGAAAGUAGAAAAGAAGAAAUUUGAUUUGGGAAAACCUGGUUCUCCAGAGCUGCAUAAACCAAGCAUUGUCAAGAUGAGCACAAAGGCAAAAGAAAUGGUGGAGGAUAUUGUUGAUCUUGAUACAUUUAGUGAGCAGCAUUUUAAGAGCAAAGCUUUGAAGCUGGCAAGACAGAGUAGCAUCAGAGAGAGGCGGACUAAAAGGGACACUCGGCUGUUCCUGAUGGAGAAUGAGGGCCGACACUCACUUGAUUAUAUUAGAGAGUCCCUGAGGCAUAAGAACUUGGGAGCCAAACGGUUCUCUGGCAUCCAAGUGGAAAAGGAGAAUACUUUGAGGAAAAACCGGUGGAUCUAUAUCCUGGGAAUGGGUUUCUCCCGGUUGGAUGUCAGCUUGUGUGUUCUCUUGUAUUUGCUUUCUUCAGUCUGCCUGUUGGGCAUGUACACCUUCUUCCGCAUGCGCAUGAGUUACCGCAAGGCCCGGUUAGGCUACUCAUUGACAUGAAAUCGAGGGAGAGGUACAGUAGCCAUUAGAUAAUGGAAGGAGUAUGUGCAUAUCAGCUUGAUGUGGUGAUCUUUCACUAAACUAACAAUUCCUAUACUGAAUAUACACAGAUGCAAAAAUACACAGAUGAUAUAUUGGUUGUGAAGGGUGCAAAUUAGUAGAGUAUGCUAUUGGAUCUCCUAAAAUGCAUGGAAAUUGCUACUUUUAUAUUUGAAAGAGUACCUAGUGAACAGACAGAUCUGUUUUGUCCCAGUUGCUAGAUCAUUUUUAUACAAUUGUGAUUCUGUACCAGAAUAAAAUAGCUGAGUGUAGUGCCAAAAGAGGCAUGGGGUCAUAUUUCAGAGCACAUGGUGACAGGCUGAUUGUCUGAGGAAUCAGGGGCUCUUUAUUGUUUUUGGUUUUUGGUGGCGGGAGAGCAUUAAAUAAACAGAAAGGAUUCAGAUCUCAUUAGAUAAAUGUAGUAUGAUCCUCUUUUCAAUAGUCAGAAUUCAAUGCAAAUACUGUUGCUGUUUUAAGAAAGAAAAAGCACGAUGAGUUUAGGACCAGCAACAAAGGGGUACUUCUGAAAUCUUUGUGCCUUGUCCAAAUCCUGUAACAUUGUGAAGAAACCUAGAUAUACAAGCAGCCUAAAAUAUUGUGCUGGAAGAUCUCUUGAACACUCUUAAUCUCUUUUCCAAAGCUUCUGUGCCACCAUAAAAUUACCAUUGGUAAAACCAGCCAUACGGUGUUCUUUGCCAAUGGUGAUAAUCAAGCAAAUAAAAAAGAAUUAAGUUCUCCCUUCCAUAACCAUCUAAAAUAUAAAUUGAGGGAGUUUGCUCGGCCUUCUGUA